UGGGAGGGGUGGUAGUACUCUUGAACAGUAUGGUUUGGCAUAUAACUUAAGCCCAUCACAGUCUCACCUUAAAUCGAAGUAUCACAAGGCGCCUCCAGGGCCAAAAACCCACAAAGCAGGCUUCCAGGGUGAGGACCUAUUGUCUGACUACCAGAUGGUGGAGAGGAUUCUGGCAGCAGGAACUCAAAACUUCAGUAAGAUACACACAGGGCUUGGUGUUGAUAAGAAGAGACAGGGAAAUGACAACUUGGAGCAACUUCUAGAAAUGAUGGAAAUAGAGAACAACAGAACUCAGAGGGCCACAUUCACUCAGCAACUGGACACCAAGCAGGUCAACCACGAGUCAUCUGUUGCCCCCAGCAGUAGCAAUUUUUCCCGUCCUGCUAGACCAGCCAAUCAACGCCGUCCAUCCAGGUGGGCAAACCAUACCCCCUCAAGCAAAAUCACCCACACAUCCUGCCCAUCAAGCCCUGGCCUUAAAGCCAAACAAUUCUUGAAUUCAUAUUCCCGGCACACAGAAACGGUGAUCAUGUGACCAGGAUAGAGCAAUGUUGAAUGGACACAUAAAAGGACAUUUUCACCAAAGGGAAUAGACGAACCUUUGACCUUUUGUAGAACAUGAUCUUCUUUUUGUAUAUAACCACCACAACUUCAAAGUACCGUA